GCGGCGAUGCCCUUUUCCUCCCUCCCAUUUUUCUCGCGAUCCGCGUUCUUUUCGAUCAAUUUUCUUCUUCUUUUUUUUCUUCUUUAUUAAUUCUUUUUUCGUGAUUUUGAAGAUCGAGUGUUCCGAUUUUAGAGGGAUAUUUGUUUCGCGGAAUCGAAGUGAGGAGAUGCCUUACUGCGACUGCGAGAAUGGGGUUCGGAUUUUUUACAAGAGGUUUGGCCAUGGCAGCACCAAGGUUCUCCUAAUUAUCGGAUUGGCGGGGACGCAUGAUUCGUGGGAGCCCCAGAUUAAGGGGUUGACGGGAGCGGUGGAGGCGAACGACGACUUGCCGGCGGUGACUUCUGACGAUCGUGGAUUGGAACCAGCCGAUGAGGAGGAGGUACAGGAUGGGAUCGAGCUGUGCUGCUUCGAUAACCGUGGGAUGGGUCGGAGCUCUGUGCCUAGUCACAAAUCUGAAUACACAACUACUAUAAUGGCAAGAGAUGCCCUUGCUCUAUUGGAUCAUUUAAGCUGGAAAAGAGCUCAUGUGUUCGGUCAUUCAAUGGGAGGAAUGAUAGCUUGCAAAUUGGCAGCUCUAGCGCCUGGUAGAAUAAGCUCCUUGGCCUUGCUCAAUGUCACAGGAGGUGGUUUUGAGUGCUUUCCGAAGAUUGAUCGCCAAAUGAUAUCCCUCGCGUUUCGUUUCUUAAGCGCAAGAACUCCAGAGCAAAGAGCUAUUGUUGACUUGGAAACUCAUUACACAACGGAAUAUCUUGACGAACAUGUUGGAUCAUGCAGAAGAAGGGAUAUCCUUUACAAAGAAUAUGUAAAGAAUAUAUCAUCAAGUGGAAUGCAAUCGAACCAUGGCUUUGAAGGCCAAGUUAAUGCUUGCUGGAAUCAUAAAAUGACACCAAAAGAGCUGGAGAGAAUUAGAUCAACUGGAUUUCUGAUAUCAAUCAUCCAUGGAAGGCAUGACAUUAUUGCUCAAGUAAAUCACGCAAGGAACCUUGCCGAGAAACUUCAACCUGUUGCCAGAAUGGUCGAACUUCAUGGUGCACACCUGGUCAGCCAUGAAAGGCCAGAUGAGGUUAACCAAGCUCUGAGGGAAUUGGUAAUCGCAUCAAAAAGCAAGCUUAAUCCUCAAGAGUGGUCCUGGUUGCCAGAGAGUCAGACUUUUGGCGCACGAUGGUCAAUCUUGGGAACAAAAUCAUCCACAAGGAAUAAUGGAAACAGCUCGGCGAGCAAUCUGCUAACAGUUUAUAACUUUCUAGGAAAGAUACAACUCAGUUUUCUCUAUUUCCUUGGCUUCUUCAUGAUUGCAUAUGAGCACAUGAGGAGCAUUCUUAGAACCAUGAAACCGGCCAGAGUUACAGCCUCCAAUCCAUGAGGUAAAUACAUAAACUCAUUGACCCAAACAUUUCCUUCACAGCAGAAGCUUAUGUUUCAGGGAUCAUCAUACAACAAAUAACAACACGCAAAGAAACAGUGACAGGAUACUUCAUUAAUUUGUGUUCCAAAAGUGAACUCUGUUCUUGUGCUAUAAUUUCCUGUGUUUUUUCUUCUCAUUUAUUGUACCGGUGACCAUUCUGAAUUGCAUAGCUAAUAAAUACCAUUGGCCUUA